AUGCACGUUUUGCGGCGUGGGUCGCCUGAGUACCGGCCUGUAGAUGGCUCGCCUGGAGGUGACUACGAUCGUAGACACGGAACCAGGGGACUAAGUCCAGAGUGGAAUGAACCUGCCCCUCAAGCAAAGCGGAAACGCUCUCUCUCUCCGGCGGACCGCUACGUACGCCCACGAUAUGAUGACAGCUAUUAUGGCCGUGACCGCCAUGGCGAGCGCGCCCGUUCUCCCGACAGACGUGGUCCGCGGAAUGCCCCACAAGACCCAGCAAUGAGAGAUACUCUCGUCUCUUUCAAGCAAUAUAGUGAUUGGUUUAAAUUCGCACAUCCCGAAUUACUUCACGAGGAUGUCGGCACCUCGCUACCUGAUGGGGUCACCUCUGACAAAAAGGACAUCUCGAUCGUCAAAAUGAGAUACGAUGAAUAUCGUCGCAAUUUUAUUCGAAAGCAGUAUCAAUAUAUGUUUGAAUAUCACCGAAAGCAUGCUUGGUUUAUUGAGAAAUACGAUUCGGGCGACCGCUAUGCGGAUAUGCGGACGCGCGUUCGGCAGCAAGGAUGGAGAGGAGCCAUUUCGCACUUUAUCGACCGAAUGGAAGCUGGAAACUUCGAUCCUUCACUGCAUGAAGAUAUUGGUACAUCUGUGCCAAGGACAAGGGUUGAUGAAGACGAGACUAUGGAUGACCAAGGCCAGACCGUUUCUGACCUUCCUUCACUUCCUACCAAAAAGGCUGGUCCGGGAGAAGUCAUGGUGGCUCCUGCAUUCCCUCAACUUAUGAUUCGAACAAUUCCUCCAGACGUUGGACGCCUUCAGCUAGAAGAGAUCCUAGUCACUCUGCAAGGCUUUAAGCACGUAGCUAUUGGAGAUCCGGUACAGAAGAGGGCGUUCAAUCGUGUCGGAUGGAUUGCCUUUGACUCUCAGGCCGAUGUCGACGCCGCAGUGCACGCAUUAGAAUCGAAGAGGAUCAGCAACAUGCGUCUUAUGGUGACGCCGACUUCUGAGCCUUUUGUGGGGAAGAUUCGCUAUACACCACCAGCUGCGAGCAAGCUCUCCCGUAUGGAAAAGGAUUUGGAGCAGGCAAAACGACUCGCAGCAAUUCUCGAGGCACAGGCAGCCGAGGUUGCUGCCUACAAGCCAUUGUUCCCGGUCGGAGCGCCGUUGUCUUCCGAACCACCCUCCGGAGAAGUCAGCAUAGUACCGAUUGAUGCCACGGCAGAACCUGGUAACCUUGAUGUCUCUAGAGGCACCAAAGCGGUCGAGGAGAGAAUUGAAAAGUUGGUUUGCGAGGUCCUUGACACCGAUGAGGAUGGGAAUCCAGACUAUGCAAAAAAGGUCGCACUUUCAUUGGAUAUAUACCUUGCGUACCUCCGCGAAGCCUUCCACUGCUGCUAUUAUUGCGUGGUUGUUGCGGAUCAUGCAGAAGAGCUCAUUCGCAAAUGCAUUAAACACGAGCGACGAGAGGAUGUGCAACAGGAAAACUCUGCACAGCAGGAACCACAAUCUCAUGAAUAUUCUGAAGAUCGAUGGGCAGAGAAUCUUGAUCAUAAGCUCGCAUGCUUGCUUGAUCAAUCUGGUGUCGAUCCGGCUGAGUAUGGUGGAACCCGCCUCGAAGAUGAACGACCCCGAAUGACCGCAGAACACAUCUCAAAGCAAGAGGAAGGGAAAUGGCGGUGCCAGAUAUGCACUAAACUAUUCAAAGCUUCGGAGUUCGUAGAAAAGCACGUAGUUAACAAACAUCCGGAAAUUAUCAAACCAAAGAUGGAUGAGUGGAAACUAUUCAACAGCUUUGUGCUUGAUCCUCAACAUAUUCUGCCUAUGUCCUCUGUUCCCGUCAACGCGACUGGGUACACUUCUCUGCCUCCUCAAGCGUAUGGUCUCCCCCCUGAUUGGAGACCACCGUAUGGAGACCCCUCGCGGUUCGAUAGUCGCAAUGGACGUGACUCCCGGGAUCGUGAUAGACGUUCGAUGCACACUGGUCGGGGUCCUUACAGACGUAGUCCCUCGCCGACUGCAUUCCCUCCACCCAUUCGGUUUACGAUGGACACUAAUAAUUCAGCCGGUGAAGGUAAUGGCACUUUAGUCCUGCCGAUCGGAAUCGGUCUUCCAGCAAAACCAGUCGAUGCAGUAUCUGCAAUGUCUAGGUCAGCGCCAAGCUCCUCGUCUUUGAUUGGGAGGUUGAGCGGUGCCCCAUUGCCACCUCCUCCUGGGGUCAAACCUGACCCUCGCUCACGAGUAAGCUACCGAGAUCUCGACCAAGUCGAAAGCUCAGAGGAUGUGGCGUUGCAAUACUGA